AUGGAUUUCAGUAAUAAUUUAUUUCAUUCAUGGAAAGGACCUCUACUUAAUCUUAAACACCUUAAACAUGCUGAUUUAUCCAAUAAUUAUUGUUCCUAUAUUUCUGAUAACUUCUUAAUGGAUAAAAAUAGAUUAGAAACACUGCUAGUUCAGAACAAUUUAUUAGGAUUGGUGCUAUAUAAAGAUGUUAAUGGUAAAAUAUUCAGGCACCUUAUGAGUUUAAAAACUUUGGACCUAUCUAGAAAUCACAUAUACACCUUACCAGCCUUACUUCUCAAAAACCAACAUGAACUUCAGAUACUGAAUUUGAGUAACAACGCAUUGAAUGAGUUAAGUCUCGAUAUAUCACAUAUGAAACAUCUUCAAUAUCUCGAUAUUACCCAUAAUCAACUUAGAGGAAUCAAACAGGACCAACGAGACCAGAUAGAUAGUUUAAAGGACAACAAUUUAACCAUUAAUUUGCAAGGGAAUCGUAUGGACUGCUCGUGUGAGGAACUCGAUUUCCUUAAAUGGUUAGGUCGAAAAAAAGAUUUGUUUGAACAUUUUCUAACAUACAAAUGUGCUUUCUCCAACGGAACAGAAAUAACGUUUUCCAAUUUUGAUACAACCUUGUUGGAAAUAAGUAAGUCGUGUGAUAGUUAUAUAGGUAUCAUAGCAGUGUGUGCUUCAGUGAUUCUGUUGUCGGUAACCUUUGUGAUUUCUGGUAUGAUCUACCGCUACAGGUGGAAACUGCGUUAUCUGUUUUACAUGGCCAAGACCCAGUAUCGCGGUUAUAGACCCGUUGUUAAUGCGGAAGACGAUGAUGACUACCUGUAUGAUGCAUUUAUAUCAUAUUGUUCAGAUGAUUACAUGUUCGUGGUAAAGGAGAUGCUGAUCCAUUUGGAAGACAAUCACGGGCUGCGACUUUGUCUGCACCAAAGAGACUUCAUACCAGGGGAAGACAUAGCCCAGAACAUCACCAACGCUAUCCACCAAAGCAGGAAAACUGUUAUCAUACUCUCCCGGAACUAUCUUAAUUCGUACUGGUGUAUGUUCGAAUUUAACAUGGCUCGAAUGGAGAGUAUAUAUUCUAGGGGAGGCGACUCUGUCCUUUUAUUGGUGUUCUAUGAGGAUAUUCCGCCUCGAGAUUUACCACUGUCGUUACUGGAUAUUAUUGAGAGCAAAACCUAUAUCGAGUAUCCCCGUGGUGACUUGCAUGGUAAUGUUGUGUUUUGGGACGAACUAUCGAAAACAAGUAAAACCUCAGUGCGUUCUAGCAUAACUAACAUCUCCAGGGUCAGUUCAGUAUAUAUGAAACAACGAGCGAAAUUGGAAGCGGCCAAAGUGAGGCUAAAAUUUGUUGAGAAAGAGGCCGAAUUGCAAAAAUCCCUUCAGCUGUUAAAAUCACAAAGAGAACUGGACGAGGCAGCAGCCGAGCUUAAGGCUAUGGAUGACGUUAUUGACACUGGUAGCCCUAUCAGACAUUGUUCACAAGCACCGUCGGAUGAUGAGGAGUUACACAGGAAGUCUAGGACAGUUGAAUUUGUGCAAAGUCAAGCCGAAAAUUUGAACACCGGUUAUGAAACAUUCGACCCCUAUUCACAUAAAGUACCGUUAAACGUUGAGGCUCGAGAAUUCACCCCAGGUCAGUGUGUAACUGGACUGAAUGAUUUGACCAAAUUUAUGCUAAAGAAAGACUUGCUUAUGGGUAGACUCACUCAGUUUACUGAUAAACCCGAGGAGUAUCGUGUCUGGAAAAUGUCAUUCCUAAAUGUUGUAAAGGAACUUGAUGUAAGCCCUCAAGAACAAUUAGACUUAUUAUCGAAAUGGUUGGGGCCAGAAUCUCGAAAACAGGCUGUAAGUCUACGUGCUGCAAACAUACACGACCCACCCCAAGCCUUGUGUAAAAUCUGGACUAGGCUCAGUGAGAAGUACGGCGCGCCCGAGCAAAUUGAGUUAUCUUUGAGGGAAAGGCUAAACAAAUUCCCGAAAUUAACGAACCGAGAUGGUCAGAAAUUGUUUGAUCUUUCGAACAUAUUGGCGGAAAUUCAGGCAGUAAAGGAAAACACGGCGUUCAGCUCGAUAAUGGCGUACUACGAUUCGUCCAGCGGUAUAAACCCAAUUGUUUGCAAGUUACCCGUGUUCAUACAAAACAAAUGGACUGACUAUGCGUGCAGAUAUCAAACCGAGCACAAUGUUACAUAUCCGAAAUUCAGUGUUUUCGAGAGGUUCAUACAGGAAAUGAGCUCGCGAAUGAACAACCCGAGUUUCAAUUACACCGAUGGUACUGCGGUACCUAGCGUCAGCAAAGAACAACGUCGUACUGCGUCUACCGGAAGUAGGAAUGCAUACGUCUUUUCAAAGAAAACGGAAGUUAAUAAUGUGCCUACAGCAUUUUUGUGCCCACUUCAUGACAGUGCGAGAGAAGUGAAGCAUUUGUUAUCAGAUUGCCACCUGUUUCUAUCGAAAUCCAAGGACGAAAAGAGGGAAAUUCUUAAAACACGGCGUGUGCUUUAA